AUGCUCACAGCUGAACUCCACAGUCUCCGGAUGAACCUCAUGCAGAGGGCUCAUACUAAUCCGACGACACGCAAGUCAACAGGUGGGAAGGUGCCCCGCAAGCAGCUGGCCACCAAGGCAGCCCACAAGAGCGUGCCAGCCACGGGAGGUAAUAAGAAGCCUCACUGCUACCUGCCCGACACCGUGGUGCUUCGUGAGAUCUGCCGCUACCAGAAGUCCACCGAGCUGCUUAUCCACAAGCUGCCAUUCCAGCUGCUGGUGCACGAGAUCACGCAGGACUUCAAGACUGACCUGCACUCCCAGAGCUUGGCAAUCAUGGCACUGCAGGAGGCUUGUGAAGCCUAUCUGAUGGGGCUCUUCGAGGACACCAACUUUUGCAUCAUCCACACCAAGUGUGUCACCAUUAUGCCCAAAGACAUCCAGCUGGUGUGCCGCAUCCGCAGAGAGAGGGCUUAA